AUGUGUAAAAUUGAGAAAUACAAAAUGUUUAAGAAAGUGGCAUUAGGUAUUUCAGGAGGCGUUGAUAGUGCUGUUGCUGCACUUUUGCUCAAACGAGCUGGAUACCAAGUAGAAGGAGUAUUCAUGAGGAAUUGGGAUAAUAACUAUGAAGCUGGAUUUUGCUCAGACGAAAAAGAUUUUGAAGACGCAACAUACGUGUGUCGUAAGCUCAAUAUUCCCUUGCAUAGAGUUUAUUUUAUCAAAGAAUAUUGGAACGAUGUAUUCACAGUAAUACUUAAAGAAUACGAGACGGGUCUGACGCCAAACCCCGACAUACUGUGCAAUAGAUAUAUUAAAUUUGAUAGCUUUUUCCAACAUUGCAGGAACAAUUUAGGAAUUGAUGCAAUUGCUACUGGACACUAUGCUAAUACAUCAUUUGGUCCGUUUUUGGAAAAAUAUAAUGAAAACGAAGGAGUAAGAUUACUGCAGCCUACAGAUAAACACAAAGAUCAAACAUUUUUCUUGUCACAAAUAAAGCAGUUUGCUCUAAGAAAAUGUAUGUUCCCACUAGCUGGGUUACUGAAGAAAGAAGUUAGAGAAAUAGCGAAGUCUGAAGGCCUUCUAAAUGUAGCCAACAAGAAGGAUAGUACAGGAAUAUGUUUCAUUGGAAAAAAUAAGUUUCAGAAUUUUAUUGAAGAGUAUAUCCAGACCAAGAAGGGUCUAUUUAUAGACAUAGACACAGGACAAGUAGUGGGUGAACAUGGAGGUCUGCAUAAGUGGACAGUAGGGCAAAGAUGUGGUUUGCCUAAUUAUACAGGACCUUAUUUCAUAUUCAAGAAAGAUUUAGAAACAAAUAAUAUUUAUGUGGUAUUGGGUACUAAACAUCCAGCUUUGUGGAACAAUAUAUGCUUCACUGACCCUCCACAUUGGAUUCACAGUGAACCAUUAGAACUAGCCAGCAACAAUGUAUUGGAGUGCUACUUUAGAUUCCAACACACAAAACCUCUCACAGCUUGUAGAGUAGUCAACAACAGAGAGGGCCUCACAAUCAUAUUACAAAAUAAUCUAAGAGCUCUCACUGAAGGACAGUUUGGAGUCUUUUAUAAAGAUGGAGAAUGCCUUGGUAGUGCAAAGAUAAGAGAUGUUUGUCAUAAUUUAGAUUUUACUAAAAAUAAUUGA